UUGUCUUUGUACUAAAAUACAAAACAUUUAUAACUUGAUAUGACUUCUAUUAUACUUAUCACUUCCAUUCUUCAUCAUUGGAUCACCAAAAACUACUAACCCUAACAAUGCCUUCUCAUCUCCUUAACCCUCUUCUUCCAUUUCCUCCCCAACCUAUGUCCUCUUACUUCCCCUCCUCUCAUUUUCUCUUCUCUUACAACCCUCUUAUGGCCUCCAAGCCAUUGAAUCCCUAUGCUGACCCUUUUCUCUCUUCUCCACCUACUCUUCUUCCUCCACUCCCUCCUUCACCGCAUGUUCUUGACUAUACAAAUUUCUAUUACCCACGUUCCACUUCCACUUACCUUUGGCAGCUUCAUACUUAUUCUGCUGUUAGCUGCUACAAUGCUUGGCCCCAGGUCAUGUGCCCGCCGUAUCAAGCGGCUGUGGGUUUUUCCGGUACCGUUAUGGCGGAUUCUAAGAAUAUUGGCAAAGCUGAUGUUGGUAAGUUUAGACGAGAGUUUGUUGUCUCCGGUGGCGCGCGCAGAGAGUUAGUCAAAUCUAUGCCGCAAUGGGUAGAGAGGAAAAUCGAUAACGACGCCGGUGGUUGCGGCGGCGACGGCGUAGACCCAGUCGAGAAAACCCUUCCCCUUGCUUGGAUAUCACAACGGUGAUGAUUAAAAACAUCCCGAAUCAGUUCAAGAGGAAGGAUCUUCUUCAGUUAUUAGACAGUUACUGUCAAAUGAUGAACCAACAGAGGGAUUCUCGACCUGGUUUCUGUUAUACCGAAUAUGAUUUCGUUUAUUUGCCUAUGGAUUUCAUGAGAUCAUGGUACGAAGGAAAAGUAUCGAAUUUGGGUUAUGCGUUCGUGAACUUCACUACGUCGAAAGCAGCAACACAGUUCAGUGAUGUGUAUCAUAAUUACAAAUGGGAUGUUAAUGUGAACAGGAAGAUCUGUGAGAUUACUGAGGCUAGGAUUCAGGGCAAGGAAGCCCUAAAGAAUGCAUUCAAGCACAAAAUCUUCUGGUGUCGCAACGAUCAAUAUCUGCCUGUAAUGUUAUUUCCAGCAAGCAAUGGUCGACGUCGAUACAGAAGGGUUAACGUGGGAAGGCGUAUACCUCGUCUUCCUCGCAAGCCACUCAAGAAAGUUUGAGUAGUUAUGAUGAUGAACUUAAGUGCAUGGUUAGUUUGUAGUGUGUAGGAUGUUUGUAUGUUUUUCUUUUUCUAAAGGUUGAUGGUAGAUAAAGGGAAGGAGUGGUGUAGCUUGGUGUUUUCAUUGUCUCCCUGACCGUGAACAGUUUGUUUGGGGAGAAUUGAAAACAUGAAUGGCUGUUUGUUUGUAUGUUUGGUUGGUGGGUUUUUUCUUGGGAGAUGGGGGGAUGAUGUUGGGUUACUUUCUGCAAUAUUAUUCUCUCCUCUUUUACUUGUUCUUCCUGUAUAUCAUCUUUUUAUUAUAGACCCACACCUCACCUCAUGUUCCUUUUGAAAAUGGUUAAGCCUUCAUCUUUUUCAAAA